UCCUCGGGUGGCCCCGCCCUCGCGUGACGGCCGGACCGGGAAUUGGCAGCGGUGCUGCAGCCAUUUCCGGUUUCGGAGAGGUGGGUGCGGUGCGGAGCGGGAGUUGGCGCCGCCGCCGCCUCCAGAGCCUGUCCUGCUGCCGGGUGCUGCCGGGAGGAUGCGGCCGGAGCCCGGAGGCUGCUGCUACCGCCGCCCGAUGCGGGCGAACGGCUGCGUGAAGAAUGGGGAAGUGAGGAACGGGUACUUAAGGAGCAGCACCGCCACCGUCGCGGCUGCCGGCCAGAUUCAUCAUGUUACAGAAAAUGGAGGACUGUACAGAAGGCCGUUUAAUGAAGCUUUUGAAGAAACACCCAUGCUGGUGGCUGUGCUCACAUAUGUGGGCUAUGGCGUGCUCACCCUCUUUGGGUAUCUUCGAGAUUUCUUGAGGCAUUGGAGAAUUGAAAAGUGCCACCAUGCAACAGAAAGAGAAGAACAAAAGGACUUUGUGUCCUUGUAUCAGGAUUUUGAAAACUUUUAUACAAGGAAUCUCUACAUGAGAAUCAGAGACAACUGGAAUCGACCAAUCUGUAGUGUGCCUGGAGCCAAGGUGGAUAUCAUGGAGAGACAAUCUCAUGACUAUAACUGGUCAUUCAAGUACACAGGGAAUAUAAUUAAAGGUGUAAUCAACAUGGGUUCCUACAACUAUCUUGGAUUUGCGAGGAACACUGGAUCAUGUCAGGAAGCAGCUGCUGAAGUUCUCAAGGAGUAUGGAGCAGGAGUGUGCAGCACUCGUCAGGAAAUUGGAAACCUGGACAAGCAUGAAGAACUAGAGAAACUGGUAGCAAGGUUCUUAGGUGUGGAAGCUGCUAUGACCUAUGGCAUGGGAUUUGCGACCAAUUCAAUGAACAUACCUGCUCUUGUUGGCAAAGGUUGCCUGAUUCUGAGUGACGAGUUGAACCAUGCGUCACUGGUUCUAGGAGCCAGACUGUCAGGAGCAACCAUUCGAAUCUUCAAACACAACAAUAUGCAAAGCUUGGAGAAGCUUUUAAAAGAUGCCAUUGUUUAUGGUCAGCCUCGGACAAGAAGGCCCUGGAAGAAAAUCCUGAUCCUCGUAGAAGGCAUAUAUAGCAUGGAGGGGUCUAUUGUUCGCCUACCUGAAGUGAUUGCUCUCAAGAAGAAAUACAAGGCAUACUUGUAUCUGGAUGAGGCUCACAGUAUUGGGGCUCUUGGCCCUUCAGGGCGAGGUGUGGUAGACUACUUUGGCCUGGAUCCUGAGGAUGUAGAUGUUAUGAUGGGAACAUUCACAAAGAGCUUCGGUGCUUCAGGAGGAUACAUUGGAGGCAAGAAGGAGCUGAUAGACUACCUACGCACACAUUCUCACAGUGCUGUGUACGCCACAUCGAUGUCACCACCUGUGAUGGAGCAGAUCAUCACCUCCAUGAAGUGCAUCAUGGGGCAGGAUGGCACCAGUCUUGGCAAAGAAUGUAUACAACAGUUGGCUGAGAACACCAGGUAUUUCAGGAGACGCCUGAAGGAAAUGGGGUUCAUCAUCUAUGGCAACGAAGAUUCCCCCGUGGUGCCUUUGAUGCUCUACAUGCCGGCCAAAAUUGGCGCCUUUGGAAGAGAGAUGCUGAAGCGGAACAUUGGUGUAGUUGUAGUGGGAUUUCCUGCUACCCCGAUCAUUGAGUCCAGAGCCAGAUUUUGCCUGUCAGCAGCUCAUACCAAAGAAAUACUUGACACGGCUUUGAAGGAGAUAGAUGAAGUUGGGGAUCUGCUGCAGCUCAAGUACUCCCGCCACCGGCCGCUGCCACUGCUGGACAGGCCCUUUGACGAGACUACCUACGAGGAGACAGAAGACUGAGCCUUUCUGGUGCUCCCUAGAGGGGGAUACUUCCUCCCAGGACAGUGUGUGGCCUUUCUGAGCCAAUUCCAGGAACCACACUUCAGUGACCACUUCAUGUGAAAGACAUUUCUGAAGCGACUGAAGGUGGCCACCUCCACUCCAAAUGGCAUUUUGUAAAUAGUAAAAAAAACCAAACUGCUUCACAUUCUUCCUUUGUUUGCAAAGUCUUACACACACACACACACACACACAUAUAUAUAUAUGAUUACUUUGUCCAUUAAAAAAUGUUUUAUUUUAUAACUAUUCUACUUGUGAAAUCACGCUGACCCUUGCCUGUGGCUUCUGGAACAGGCAUUCCCGCUGUAGUCACCUCAUAGGCUUGGAUCCAUCAAGACCCACUUAAGGCCCUGGCUCUCCAGCCUCGAGACUCGCUGGCCCUCUCCCUAGGGAGCAAGUGCCUUCUGCUGACUUCUGCCCAGGUCUCAGAGGUUGCCCUCCUUGGAAUCCCUAUUUAACCAGUCAAGGUAAUCAACCAAAGUGUUCUGUCUCUAGUCUUAAGGAAAAUGUUACUAACUCCCCCUGGCCAAGGACCUCCUAAGACUGGUCUCUCUUUUUUUCUUCUGCUCACCAAAUAAUUUAUUCAUUAUCAGAGCUUUCUUCAUAUGGUCGGUCAUAGGCUGAAGAUGUAUCCAACGUUUUGGUUAUCCCUGAGAUCUGACCCUGACGCUUCCCGCCUCCUAAGUUAUGAGAGCCUCUUGCUGGUUCUGGGUCCAGAUUAAGAUUUGACCCAAUAAAGGCAAGUGUUGGUCAGUGCUUUGCUCAUGUUCCACUUCACCAUUAGUGGUCUAAGUGGUCUGUGGAGAUGCUGACCCACCUGAACAGUGCUCUUCCAAAGGCCAGUUCUACUCCCAUACUAAGAAGAUUUUACCCAGCACCUGGGGCUGGCUUCUCUUGUGCUUCCAUUGGAUUCCCCCACCCACCCUUUGAGGAAUUCUGACCAAAUACCUCUUUCUUAAACUGGAAUAGCCUCUGUUUUCCUGUCACCACCAGGUCAGGGGCUUCAUUCAGAGCUUUGUGCUGCUUGACCAAAGACCACAUCUGAAGAGCGCCAUUUUAAAGUUAAUUUUUUUCUUUUGACCAAAGUUUAAUUGAAGAGACCUUUUGGCUUUAUUGUACUGAAGAUGCAUUUAUCUUUUAGCAGUGAUCAAGUGUUAGAAGAAAGGAUUGAGAACAGAAUUGGGGGAAGAGGGGACUGUUUAGAAGUACAUUUUGUAUGUCAUUCUUUUAAAACUAUUCCUAUUACUGAUAAAGAUGCCCAAACCAAGUUCUUCUGGGGACCUGUCGGCUGCAUGUACAUGGACGAGAAGAGAAGCAAUAUCGUUGGUGAAGCUCUGUUUUCAAGCCCUGGAUCUGUUAUCUUUGGCCCUCUUGGCAUCUGUGAGCUUGUAGUCCUUGAGAUGUCCUAAAACUGUAUGUGGAUUUUUUAAAGAAUGAAAAUGGGUGAACAGGUUGGGUGUGGUAACCUGUGCCUUUAAUCCUAGUUCUCAGAAGGCAGAAGCAGGCUGAUCUCAGAUUGAGGUCAGCCUGGUCUACAAAGAGUUCCAGGAUAGCCUGGAUGGCAUAGUGAAACCUAGAGAGGAAGAGAGAAAGAGAAUAAAAAGGUUCCAUGACUAAGUCCUAUAAAGCUCAGAAACCUUCCUCACUUUCCCCCUGUUGAAUCCCACUGGAAUACCAAGUAUUUUGCACAGCACUUACUAUUUAAUGAUGUAGACAUAGGACUUGGAAAAGUAACAAACCUUAAGCAAUGAACAUGCCUGCUAGUCUUUUUGGUUACAUGAAAUCACUUCAAAUUAAAAUGCUAUUACGGGCAUCUAAAUUUUUCUGUAUGCAUCUCUUGGUGCAAAGUUUAUUUUGGGCUAAAUGUAACUAAGUUAAAGUUUUUUGUUAGUGUUUGUUGGUUGGUUGGUUGGUUGUUUUUUGUGGGUUUGUUUUUUGUUUGUUUGUUUUUAGACAGGGUUUCUCUAUAGCCUUGGCUGCCCUGGAUGGUUGUUGGUUUUGUUUGUUUGUUUGUUUGUUUGUUUUGAAGAUAUAAAACCCCUGCGAACUACCAGUGAUCUCUACUUUCUUCUAGAGGACAAAAUGGUUUAUACACUUUAUAUGUGGCUGUUUUUUUGUAAGUCUGUAAUAGAAAUCUCUGUCCCAGUCCUGUCAUAGGUAAUUAGAACCCAAAAUUCGGGAGAGAUAGUGUGUAUUAGUCUGACACUUGGGCCUUGCAUAGAUUCAGGCGUCACCACCAAAGCCGACUGCACUUGGCCUUGUGCUUUUCAUUCAUCCUUGUUCUUCCUCCUUUCGUGUUGUCAGACCCACUUCACAGCUCACAUAAGAACCAGAAGAUAAUCAGAGCCAUGCAGAAGAUUUGGCCCGAGGGCCAAGGGCAGUGAACAUCUCCUCUUUAUAGUAUCCUUGUUUAAAGGAUCCAGCCCUUGGAGCUGGAGAGAUGGCUAAGCAGUUGGAGACACUGACUUCUUUUUCAGAGGACCCAGGUUCAAAUCUCAGCAUCCACAUGGCAGCCCACAACUGUCUAUAACUCCAGGAUUUGACACUCUCACAUAGACAUACAUGUAGGCAAAAUACAUAAAAUAAAGGUAAAUAAAUAAAAUUUGGGGAAAAAAGUAACCAGCCCUCUUCUGCCCUUCUUCGCUAUCUUCAACACUGCUGGCUCACACCCUCUCAUGGGCUGAAGGGUAGAGCAUCCUCAGAGAUCUGCCUCUGACCUUUUACUCCUCAUUCUGGAUCAUCAUCUUGGAGGCUGGGAUGCCGCCUCCAGAGAAGACUGAGAAGCGCUGGUGCAGCGUUAGGAGGGCUGUAGGGCAGACAGCCUGCUCCUUGCCCACACAACCAUGCACUUCAGUGCUUCUUCCCUUAUGAGUUAAGGGCAUCCAUAUCUGAGACUCUGAUGACAGGCAAGGUAUGGCUACAUUACCUGGUGUGUAUGUAUCUUGCAAAAAGGCAGGAUAAACAUCUGGCUUAGAUUUCUUGACUUUUUGGACAAAGGGGGAAAUGAUACCUGCUACCGCCUGUUUUUCUAAAUUGAUGAAUCUACCUAAUUGCAGUAUUUUGACAAAACCUAUAGAAAUGUAAAUAAAUGAUUGCUAUGGGUCAGGUAUGGUACACACCUGUAAAUCCAAUACUCAGAAGCAAGAAGAUCUUCUAGAAUUCUAGAUUAUUCUGUGGUACAAAGUGAGACUCUCUCCAGAAAGAACAAAAAAGAGUGGAUUGCUAUGACUUAAUGUCAGGAUGCUGUUCUCCCAUUGUUCUAGCUAAGACACAGCUGGGUGUUCCUGUCUCUUUGCUUCCAGUCUGGGGUUAAUUAUGAAAAGGAUAAUGGUGGGUUUUCCUCUCUUCCUGGAAUUGGCUGAUCAAGAGCUGUCAAGUAUUUUUCACAGAUAAAAUCACCAUACCCUGGGGCUAUGAAGGGGAUGUAAAAUCAGGAUUCUGCUUGGCAGUUUAUCAAAGAAUCUAUAGCCCCUUCCACCCCCAGUUCCAGAACUAACGGAUAACCUAUUACCUGCUUAACAGUAAACUUAGAGCCCAGCAGGCUUCUUAAUCCAUUAAGCAGGUCAAUCAAAAUACCUUAUAUGUGGAGAAGAGCCGUCCUUCCUCUGCUCUGCCUUAACCUCAUGAAAUGUGUGCUUGGGUUCCUAGCCAGUUCAAAGGGUACAGGGAAAGGCCCACCAGUGAUUCUCUAGCUUGCCUACCAAAGGCUACUUCUGUUGUAGUUUUCAGUGACUUCUGUUUUCUAAAUGCCUUUUGCUGUAAAUUGAAAGGUUUCUAGGAAGGAAACAGGAACCUGCUUAAGCCCUAAUGAAUGAUGAGCAUUUUCAUCUUUGUGGAGUCUGAAGAUUCACAUUCACAGUUCACCCUCAGGGGCAGCUUGGUGGUGGGGAGCUGUGAGCCAGAUUUUGUGAUAUGGCCUUAAACUGUCACUGUGUCUAUGAACUCUAAUAAGCCAACUCUGAAGAAUGCUGUGGCUCUUACCCGGUGUCACUGUUUUUAAAGAAACAGUACCUUUGGGAGCAGUUAUUGGAGAUGGAAUGAAAGGUGCUUGCAAGAACAGCACCCGGAUGUGCUCAGUGCCUGUUUCCUGGGUCCUCUGCCCUCUCUCCAUGUGCAAGGAACUUCAGUUAACUCAAGGUCCAGCACAAGUCCCAGGUAAUUCUUGUACAAAUCCUCAUUGACUGGCAUGUAGACCUUCAAGCUGAGUAGAGGAUGUACCACCAAGUGUGGUGGAGUACCUUCCCCCUUAGCACUGGACGCCAGGACUAGUUUAGCCAAUAGUUGGAAUUAAGAGCUUCCUUACUGGUUUGUUCCUCACAGGACAUGGAAACCUCUCCUGCCAGUUUAGCCUGCAUGCCCUCAGUCUUGAUGAUCCCUCUCUGUACAAAGGCAGCUAACAAGGGAUGGGGGAAAGAGAAGAGAACAGGUGUCUAUGGGAGAGUUGAAGUAGAGUAGUUUUGUUGAUCCAUGUUUUCCCACUGACCACGGAACUUGGAGGCUGGAGUCUGCAAGAUGUACUGUGCCACAAACCUUUUCAUUGUAAUGUUCUUACCAUCUGGGAAUGAGAGAAUUUUAAUUUUUGUAAUGUCUUACAAAUAAUCACUCUUCUGUAGCCUCCUACCUUCUUGCCAGAUGUUUGGGUUUUUUCUCUUUAUUUUAUAUUGGAUGACUGUGAAGCUAUACAUAGUAGGUUGUAGAGGAUAUCAAUUUUCAGAGUGCAUGUUAAGAAUUAAAGCGGGCCUACUUGAGAUGAAUCAUCCCACAAAUAUUGUUUUUGCCCUAAUAAAAUAUUCAGAAAUAGA